GUAAACACCUACGACGUCCUUUUCGGCCUUCCCGCUUUUGUAGCGUUACGAGCAAACUUGGAUUUCGAGUGACGGUCAAUCAUCCUCCGAAAUACGGGAGGAAAACCCUAUGUUGUACCUAUGAGGCUGACUCUUCGUACUACCAUCAACGCAGUCCCGCGAGUUUCUCCGAUGAUAGCGGGAAAUCUCCGCAUGAUCACCUGGGAAGACUCCGCAGACGAUGAGCCAUCAUCGAAGGAUGCGGAUAGCGGUGACGAAAAUGAUCCGGAAAUUGUGAAACUAGCACGACAGCGUGUUUACUACCCGCCACCUAGAACGAUCGCAAGAACAAUGCAUCUAACUAGGUGGAACGAACAAAGGACCCAGACAAUGAUUUUGGGCGAACCCCUCGUACAAAUCUCGAGGAUGGUCGAUUCUCUGGAACCCCCUCGGACCCUGUACGAAGGAACGGCCCCUCUUCUCGCACGAUACAACGAUAAGAUAGCUUUUUGCGACAUCACGGGCCUACCACGAUCCUUGCUGUCACCCGCAAAAGAAGUACGACUGUUACGUUUGGGGGCGGAAGCCAGUUCUUUGGAACCCCCUGGGCGUUUCGAAGCUGAAUCAGAUGAGCUCGGAGUUAAGAUCGCGACCAAAACCGUGCCAUGGCAAGAUAUCUGCGAUGGAAUCACCCCGGAAGGACACGUGGCCAUCCGGGAGGAAGACGCCCAGAUGAUGGCCACAGUGUUCUCAUGGCGAUCGGACCAUUCGUUUAUCUCUGCGCCACCACCCGAUGUGGCGAAACAAGCGCACACGAAGCAGAUCGACGUACGGAUCUGGGAUCAAUUUUUCGAAUUACACGUUCCACAGUACGUACCUGAUGAGAUUCAUCGUUUGAUUGCGGACAUCCUGACAGAAUAUCAGGGAACGAUUAGUGUAACGAACACUGGCAUCGGUUUGUCGUUGGGAAUGAUCAACUUUUUCGUGAUAGUGUACAUGGAUGAUAUCCUUGUCUACUCGGAGACCUAUCACGGACAUGCGCAACACAUUGAAUGGACGUUGGGAGCGCUAAGGGAUGCUGGAUUCAAAAUUGCACUUGAGAAGAGCGAAUUUUUCCUCUCGAAAAUUUCGUUCUUGGGGUACGUAGUGACACGUGGAGGGCUGCGACCAGAUUCUAGGAAAGUUGCGACCGUAAAAGAAGCCCCAUUUCCCACGUCACUGACGCAGGUUCGAGCCUUCUUAGGCCUGGCGUCGUACUACUGUCGUUUUAUCAAAGGGUUUGCGGCGAUUGCUCGGCCUCUCACGAACCUGCUUCGGAAGGACCAGCCUCUGCAUUGGGACUGUGAGUGUGGGCAGGCCUUCGAUGCACUCAAAGAAGCCCUGGCCACUGCACCAAUUUUGAUCCGGCCGGACCCUACCAAGCAAUUUAUUCUUAUAACGGACGGGCAGCCAGAAGCGAUCUCCACCAUUUUAGCACAGAAGGGGAACGAUGGUCGCGAACACGUCAUCGAAUACGCAUCACAAACAGUGUCGGACGAACGAAGGAAUGAUUCAGUACCUCAAGGCGAAUGCUAUGCAGUUGUCUGGGGAAUCCAGCACUUCCAUCCAUAUCUCUCCGGACAGAAGUUCCGUCUCGCGACGGAUCAUGAGCCUUUGCUGGCUUUGAAGAAGCUCACCGAUUACACCGGCAUGAUUGGACGUUGGGCAGUGCGCCUGCAGGAGUACGAUUUCGACAUCAUCCAUCGAAAGACGGAGAGACACGGAAACGCGGACGGACUGACACAUCUGCAUCGACCCGCUAAAGUGCCUGAGGGCGAGGAAAUCAUUCCGUGGAAAGAACCGGAGUCAGCGAACGGGCCCAAGUACGGACAAGUGGCAGUUCUCCCACGUGGCAAGAAGCAGGCUGGUGGUAAUGGGUGACGAAGGUAAUCCCGUAGCCCCUCUUUCUCCCCCCACCUCCUCAUCUCUUCUCUCCCUGCCUGAUAAAUUUUGUUAUUUUUGCAAAGCAAUUUCUCGCGUGUACUCAGUCUCCAUGCGUCCUAACGGGGAAGGCUAUGCGGAAUGGAUAGAUUGUCGACAAUGUGUUGCACGAGCCUAUGGCUCGUGCAUCCAAUACAGAAAUGACAACAAGUCGUGGUUGUGUCCCUUGUGUCGGGUUGACAAGAUCCCGACCGAGGCUCGCUUUUUGGAUGCCACGUCAGAAGGGCUGGAGAAGACCCGGAAGUUUAGAAGGGCUGAAGUAUGGACCGAUAUCGCUCUGAUUGCUACCUUAGUGGGUAACCCCCUCCAGGAUUUCACCAAGGAAGAUGGGAGGAGGGCUAAUGAAAGGGCUCGGGACUA